AUGGCUGUCGAGAAUGAAAGUGGAGAACGAGAAUAUCCAUGUCUACUCCGUGCCACUGAUGGCAAAGAGACGACCAUUGCAACUCAUGUACGCUCGAGCGCGCUUCCACAGUUUCAUGCGCACUAUGGAGCACUCCUCAAGAGUACGAUGACCCAGACGCUGCGCAAGAGAGACAAGAAAAAGGAAAAGGCUCGACAGGAGAUUCUCGCGCUGAAGAAGAAGAAGAUUCUUGAAGGGGUUACGGUCGCUGGACCAAAGAGAGGGAAUGGACGGAGAAAGAGAGUCCGUUUGGAGAAGGCAAAAGUGCGGCUGGAGGAGGCGAGAAAGCGGAUGGAGGAGAAAGAAAAGGCGUCGUGA